AAAUAAUAUAAAUCGCUGCAAAUGAGCAAAUCUGCUAUCUUCAUAUUUCGAUAAUUGCCCAUGUGUUUUACCUUUUAAUUAAUUAGCGGUUUUGCUAGAUCGCCCUAUCUGCUUUGGUUACUGGGGUGCCUCCGGAAUCGAUGUGUCGACGUCCAAAUUAUGACUGGUGGGUAGGUAGAUCGCCAAGGAGUAACACAGAGUUGUGUAUAGAAACUACUUAUUACAAAGAAACAUUAUAAUUUCAAGACGAAAAUAAUAAUGGAGCUAAAGUCAGGCCUAUCUGCUUUCGUUACUGGGGGCGCCUCCGGAAUCGGUAGGGCUCUUUGCGUAGCUCUUGCCAAAAAGGGUAUAUUCGUCACUGUGGUUGAUACUUCUGUUGAGAAAGGGGAAGAGGUUGCAUCACUUUCACAAAAAGAAAAUCUCAAGUUUCAUUCGGGAUCAUUAAAGUUCCCUUCUGCUAUCUUUGUAAGAUGCGAUGUGACUAACCAAGGAGAAGUGGGUGCUGCAUUUGAAAAGCACGUGGAAGUAUACGGGGGUUUGGAUAUUUGUAUUAAUUGUGCUGAUAUCGAAACUUCUGUGCCAUUUUAUGAAGACCAAACAGAUGGAUCAAAAUCAUGGAGACAUACAUUCGAUGUGAAUCUUUUAGCAGUUAUUGAUUGCACCCAAAAAGCGAUCAAAAUAAUGGAAGCUGCAAAAAAACCUGGUGUGGUGAUAAAUUUGGGUUCGGCAUAUCCAAUGAUCUCUGACCCUAUCUAUUCUUCCAGCAAAGGGGGUGUGGUUAUGUUUACACGAUCACUUUCUUCUUACAAGGAAAAAGGAAUCCGUGUCAACGUGCUUUGCCCAGAGAUUAAUCGAGCUGAGAAGGCUAAACAUGUGGGUUUUCAGUUUCUUAACCUCAAUCGAAGCUCUACUUCCAUGGAUACAAUCAUACAAGGUGCCUUUCAGCUUAUUACCGAUGAAAGUAAAGCUGGCUCUUGUUUACUUAUCACAAACAAUGGAGGCUUGGAAUACAUGCCAACUUCAUCUCAAGAAGCAAAAAACUUGGCAGUGAUCCCAUCAAGAUUGAAGAACACCGUUUCAUCAGUUGUUAAUUCUACUGUCGAGAUCCCUCAUAGCUUUGAGCAACUAAUUAUUCACACACUUAGUAGAAAUUUUCGGAAUGCUACACGUACAGUGCGUGCACCAUUGAAAUUGCCGAUUAAAGCAGAUCAUGUUCUCUUAAAAAUCAUAUAUGCUGGAGUCAAUGCAGGCGAUGUGGAAUAUAGUAAUAAUGGUUACUUAAGUGGAACCAAAGAAGAAAUCAGCUCUAAACUUCCAUUUUAUCCUGGACUUGAGGCUGUAGGAAUAAUUGCUCUAGUGGGUGAUGAAGUUAAAAAUCUAAAAGUCGGCACUCCAGCAGCAAUACUUAAUAUUGGAGCUUAUUCUGAAUUUACCAUGGUACCCUCAGAACUCAUUAUUCCUGUCGAAUCACCCUACCCAGAAGUUGUUGCCAUGCUUGUUUCUGGACUUACUGCAUCCGUUGCUCUAGAGGCAGCACACAUGGAGUCUGGAGAGACAGUUCUUGUCACUGCUGCUGCAGGAGGAACCGGACAAUUUGCAGUUCAACUUGCAAAAUUAGCUGGAAACAAAGUAGUUGCAACAUGUGGAAGUAAGGAUAAGGCUAUAUUUCUAAGGGAUUUGGGAGUUGAUCGAGUCAUCAACUACAAAGAUGAAUCCGUAAAAGAUGUUCUUAAGAAGGAAUUCCCAAAAGGGGUUGAUAUUGUUUACGAAUCCGUUGGUGGUGACAUGUUUGAUUCAUGCUUCGAUGCAUUAGCAACUUUCGGAAGAAUGCUUGUCAUUGGAACGACCUCUCAGUAUAAAGAAGGGAUCGGACAUGAACCAAGAAACUAUCCAGGAAUAUGUGAUAUACUUCACCAACAGAGCAAGACUGUGAUUGGAUUCAACCUAGGCCAUUAUCAGCACGUAUGGAAAAGACAUCUAGAUAAUAUGGUUCAUCUUUUCUCUAUGGGAAAGCUAAAGGUUGGAAUAGACCCUAAGAGCUUUGUGGGUGUGCAAUCUGUUGUUGAUGCAGUUGAAUAUAUCCAUUCUGGAAAAAGCAUUGGAAAAGUUGUUGUUUGCAUGGACCCGAGCUUCAACCAAAAAGUGGCCAAUUAAGCUUUAAGCUUACGAAUAAUCCAUAAACACGAAUAGGCUGCAAAAACAUAUUGUGUUCUAGUUCCUUCGUGAAUAAAGUUGAGAUUGUUAGAAAUUUGGGAUUUAAAAGCACUUAGAAUUCUAAGAAUUGUGUAUCCACUUUCAAGUUAAAGCAUUUUGGUGGUAUUUUCGAAA